AUGAAGGAUCCUGUAGUUAGCGGUUCACCAGUUGUUGACGCGGCAGUGCUGCCAUGCACUCAACUCCGCGCUAACCGUCGCAUGCCCCUGUUGUGGCUUCCCAUGUCUCUGUGUAAGCAGUUGUAUUCGGAGCAUGGAGAGGGCAAUGCAACAACCAUCGGACGUAAUGGUGAGGACAACAUGCAUGGUAACAUGAGCGGGGACAGUGUUGAGCAGGUGCUAGAGUGCCUCUCUGGUUUGGAGCGUGGUGUUCUCAAUGCAGUAUUGAGGCAGCCCUUCCUCCCCAUCCACACACUUCGUGAGGCGUUCCCAGUUGGGAGGAAUUACAAUUUUGACGACGAUUUAUUUGAGAUCCUUGUGCGGGUGGCCAGCAAUGUCGACUCCGUUACCGCCUCUGCCUCCGCGGAAGUGGAAGUUCAUAUGGGCACGGCUGCUGUUGUCGUGGUGCUGAACUGUUACGAACAUGAGCCAAACUUGGCCCUCAAGGCGGUGGGAUACGUUUUCGAGAAAUACUUUAAAAAUUGUGCCUGCCGCUGCGUGGUGCUCGACCCACCAGCAGACAUAGAAUCAGGUGGUCUACGGGAAGUUCUCAUCCCAGUCUCUACAGGAGCAUCCAUUAAUGACGUGGCUAACCACGUCUUGAGAGAGGUUGCAUUUGCCAUGGUGCGGCGCGCAGACGCACGACUCGUUGAGCUGUCGUCGAUGAUCGCGUCAAUAGUUGAGGCGAAACCUGGACCAAGUGACCUGAGCAGCGUCUUGAGAUUUAAGAGUAGUAGCAAGAGUGGGAAGGGAAGUGCCACCGCUGAUGCUGCGCCGUCAUACGGUUCGGGGACAUCGCUGAUGAAAAGAAAAGGGGAUUUGCUGCUUAUUUUAGGUUCGUUCAACGCUGCCCUCAUGUCGUAUGACGAAGCUCUAGGAGGAGCAGAUGCGUUGUGGUGCGCGGCAACAUUGGAGGCGAUUGCCACACUACGAUUCAUGCAGAAUGCACCGCUGCUUGCGUUGAGGGAAAGCGCUGAGUCCACAUUUGUAUCGCUUGCAUUUGACGGUUCAGUGUGGUCGAAUGACAUGAAAAAAACUAUGGAUGAGAUAGAUAAAGUGACAUCAACCCUCCAAGUCUCCCAGCGGAAGGCACUUACUGCUUUAAAGCGUAACACUGCACUUUCAGUCUUGGGGAAAAGGUUAACGAAGGAAGUAGAAGACCCCCUUUCAUCGCAGUGCGAAAGUCUUAGGCGUCGGAUCAGAUCACUUGACGAAACGAUGUCCAACGAAAGAGUGGAGAAAUACGGGAGGAGGGCUCUAGGGUGCCUGCGGCAGAUUAUUCACCUUAGUUUCCAUGAACUACAUCUUUACCUCAACGAGGCACUACAGCUUCUAAGAACUGUUGUAGGCGCAAGGACUCUUUUGCGGGAAAGGGAGUUGAACAUACACGUAAAGCGAGCAGAACUUCUGGCAGAGGAGGGCGACAAACAGUCUAUGUUAGAGUGCUUCAGUUUAAUAAAGGAUCUGGCCGCCCAGAGCGGUGAUGGGACUUUGCAACAGCGAAUUCGUACGCAAAUACCCCGUAUCUGUGCUCGUGCGGGUUGUUGUCGGAAAGCAAUACAUUAUAUCGCCGAUGCAGCACUCACCCAGAGGCGGAAGGGGGCGAAUGGAUCCGCGAUUUUGCUACUUUUGAUGGCGUGUCGAGUAGCUGGCAUUCCAUUUCCCGAAAAUGGUUUAGGUGACGACAUUACCGUCUUGACUUGCAGUCGACAGGGGCAAGAUAUUUUGAGCCCUGCCGUUGCCAACGGUGACGCAAAAAGUAGUAGCACAAAGAAGGAAUGUGCGUCGUUGAGGUUGGGUACACGUCCCUGUGAGGCACAAGCUGUACCAUUACUUACAGAACUACUCGACGCCAUAACGGAGGAGGGAUUUGACUCUGAUGCCAAGUGUUCUGUAGCCUCCAUGCUGCUAUUUGAUUACUACCCGUUUCUCAGUGACGACACGCAGGAGUCGCUGAUGACACUCAUUGCGAAAAAGAGUGCACAUUACCAGUCACUUCACUGCUCGACACCUCCUUUUCUGGACGAUAUGGAGGUACUCCCGUUACCUCCACAUUUGGAACCGAAAACAAUUUCACUAAGCGGGGCGCAAUUCACCUUUAUUGACACCGGACGACUUAAGAUGACUGUACUCACUUUAAACGGGAAGAUUAUUCCUCAGGGACAGGUGGUGUGGUCUGUUGGUACUGUCGGUGAGGUGACAGUGGUAUUGAAAAACCCUCUUCGUACACAAGUUGAACUCUCAUCCGUCGCACUUAGCUGUUGCCCUGUCUCGUCGCUCAACGGUGACGGUGGCACCACGAACUUGGAAGAGGAACACGGUCUGACCACCGAUGCGCCGUCGACUUAUGUGGUAACCAAUGUCACGCUUCAGCCCAUGUCGAAGCUUCAGUUGUGCCUGCAAGUGCUGCCAACUACACCGGGGUUUCUCUCUGUGAAGGGUGUGGAGAUUAGGUUCAGCAACAUGCCGUGGUGUGGAACUUUUAUGAUGCCUGUGAGGAAGCCAGAGGUGAUACCUGUGCUACAGGAACUACCGAUGGUAUCGUGCGCCCUUGGGGUGAAUGAGGUAGAGAUUUUUUGCGGGCAAACAGUUGAAUUUACGUUACACGUGGUCAACACUGGUAGGGUGCCGGUGCACAAAUUUCAAAUAACGGUUCACGACGAAUCCUGUCAAUUAGACACGUGCGAAGGGUGCAAAGAGCGCUUAAGUGCCUCCUCCCUAUACGUCACUAUCGAACGCGAUCCCUCCACUGAGCAACGUUCAGAAUCCUCACUUGAAGUUGGUGGCGUCACAACUAGGCGCGUCACAAUCGCUUCACCCCUGGGAAGUGACAAUAAGGCGUUUCAGCACAUUGUGUUCCGCACGUGUAUGGAGUUGCCAUAUAAUCAGCCUACCGCUCCCCCCGGCAUUCCUAGUGCCGUUCCCGUCUUUGCUGUCAUCCCGAGACGCGUUCAGGAAACAUACCUUCGUGUCUUUGAGGCUCCAAGUUUAGCGGUAACAUCUGUUUCCCUUUCACGUGACAGGAGGUAUGUAGAGCUGUGUGUGCGGAAUAUGAACACGGUUCACACGAUUGAGUUGCUGUGUAGUCACUUGAGUUUUGCUAAUAUACCGGAUGCACUGAUUGUUGCAGGAGCUGAGUACCUUGUUCCACCCAUUGAGAUAAUCAAGGUGCCACGCGGAACGAAGCAAAUUCCACUCCCAUGGGUGGUUCGAGGACAGCCCAAGUGCGGUGGCACACUUUACGUGGACUUUUCAAUUGCCUCAGCAGAAGCUGUAUGCAUGGAACCACUGGAAGAUGCCAUCGUCACCAUCAAAACACUCCCAAACGAUCUUGGUGGACUUCGUAAUCAACAGUUGGUAAACGUUACCGGAGGUGAGUUGGCUUCAAUCAUAUUACCUGUAAUGAAACCUGUGCAACUACUUGUUUGUGUGAGCGCACCGUGGAAGCGUGUCGUUCCGCUGCGGGUUCGUCUUGCAAUGGAGCAACAAGCGCUUGAUAUGAGCGUAUUGAGCGGUGCCGUUGACGCGGUGCACACUGUAGGCGGUGGGGAAACCAACGAUGCAACUCGGUUGUAUCAGGAGGUAGUAGAGGUUUUUGCCUUUAAAAUGGGAGAACACCCACUUUCCGUAACGCUAUCCGACGCGGAUGGGCGAGAGACAACACACACUGUAAGGUUGCAGUGGAAACACAUCUGA